AUGAACAAUGGUGCGAGGCCUCUUCAUGUGGCGGCCCGCAACGGCAGUUCCGACGUGGUGGAGCGGCUCCUCGCGGCCCGGGCGGAUCCGGAGGCCCAGGACAAGAGUGGCCGGGUGGCCCAUGGGGUUCAAGGCACUUGGGGUUUGGCGCUUGGCGCUGCAGUGAUAUGGAAAGAUUAG